GUCCGCGCCAAAUCCACGCCAAACGACUAAACCAUGACCGAGUUCCAUGGUCCGCAUCUCGACGUCCACAUCCCAGACGACCUCACAGUCGCGCAGUUCUUGCUCGACGCGCAACAUGCCAUACGGCCGCAUCGCCCUCUCAGCGUGCCGUGGAUGAUCGACGACAGCGCGGGGAGGAAGGUUGGCUUUGAGGAGGUACGAGCAAGGACGUUUGGCCUCGCAAACGCGCUGAGCAUGCGGUUCGGAAUCAAGGAAGAUGACCUCAUCCUCAUCUACAGUCCAAAUCAUGUCGACUACGCCUCUGCAAUUUGGGCCGCGCACCGACUCGGGGCAGUCGUAUCAGCCGCCAAUCCUGGCUACUCCGCCAACGAGCUCUUGUACCAACUUGAGGUUGCCAAAGCCUCGGUCAUAAUCACUCACCAGGCUAGCGUCAACGUUGCUCUUGAGGCGGCACGUCGCUCGGGCUUACCUGCCGAGCGCGUCGUGCUGUUCGGGAACGCACCUCUGCUACAACUUGUGACCGUGGAUGCACUUGUGGAUGAAGGUCUAGCACAUCCGCCAGGCUUUGUUGAGAGAAGGCUGAGACGGGGAGAGGCAAAGCAGAAGCUUGCUUUUCUGAACUUCUCCAGUGGGACGACAGGAAAACCUAAGGCUGUCAUGCUUAAUCAUUACAGUGUGAUUGGUUCGGUCCUUCAGCUAGCAUUCUACAAUCGGGGAAAUGGGAAAGACAUACCUCAGAAGGAGUGGAGAUUCAGACCUGGAGACCUUCUCGCUGCAGCGACGCCAUUUUACCACAUAUAUGGUCUUUGCAUGCUGCAUGCCAUGGCAUUCAUUGGGGUGACGCUAGUCGUAAUACCAAAGUUUAGCUUCAAAGACUUCUUGGAUAGCGUUGUCAAGUACCGCAUAACCCAUUUGCCACUCGUGCCUCCGCAGGUGGUCUUGCUUUGCAAGCAACCAAUAGUGAAAAACUACGACCUCAGCCAUGUCCGCAUGAUGUCUUGUGGUGCAGCACCCCUUUCAGGCGAGCUUAUGAUGCAGCUCGCCAGAGAUUUCCCCGCUACGCAUAUAGGUCAAGGCUAUGGGAUGACAGAGGCUGUCGGGACUAUUGCUAUGUUCUCUGUACACCAUAAGCUUGGUGUGAUAGGCAGCUCCGGACAGCUCUUUGCCGGCUUUGCUGCUCGUGUCGUGCGUCCUGAUGGAAGCCUGGCUGGACCCAAUGAACCUGGGGAGCUGUGGCUGAAGUCACCGUUCCUUGCAAUGGGCUAUCUGAACAAUUCUGAAGCAACCAAGGAGACAUUCGUAGACGGAUGGCUUCGUACCGGCGACGAAGUCAGUUUGGACGAGAACAACGAGAUUUUCAUCCUUGAUCGUAUCAAGGAACUUAUCAAAGUCCGAGGCUUUCAAGUGGCCCCAGCCGAGCUGGAGGGAACACUCUUGAUGCACCCCGACGUCGCAGACGUUUGCGUUGUGGGCAUUCCUGACGAGUACAGCGGGGAGGUGCCGUUAGCGUUCGUCGUCUUGCGCCCCGAUCCCAUGAAGCGCGCCGCUAGCGGUCAGACUGAAAGCGACAGAAUCAAAGAGAGCAUCAUCAAGCAUGCUUCUGAGGACAAGGUCGCGUACAAGCGACUGGCCGGUGGAGUCGAGUUCAUAGAUGUGAUACCGAAGAAUCCCAGCGGCAAGAUCCUCCGACGGGUUCUCCGCGACAAGGUAAAGCAAGCGCCGCGGCCUAAGCUGUAGACUCGGUACGUUGUGCGUAGAGCUUACAAAGCAAACAUCUGGACAACGCCUGUGCGAAUAAUUUACAAUAGCUUGUGUCGAUCUGACGGGGAACGACUACAAUUUAGCUUUCAUGCCAGC